AUGUCCAACAUAGAGGUUUUGAUCAACACUCUGGCCACUGAUGCUGCUGUCAUCGAGGAGCCUAACAGCACAAUUUCCUCGCUGGUAGGCAUCUUCCCAAAGGCAGAUUUUCUUUGGUCAUUGGGCAAUCUAGGCGAGACUAAUCGUGGCGAGUUGGCUCGUCGCUUGUUCUUUAUUUGGACAGGCUACGUUGUUCUACGAUGUAUUUACAACCUCUACUUCCAUCCUCUUUCUAAGAUCCCCGGUCCAUGGCUAGCUGCUAUGACGCCGCUCUGCGACUUUUGGUACGAUGCCGUAAAGAACGGCAACUACCUGUGGGAGAUCCAGAAGAUGCAUGAGAAAUACGGCCCAAUUGUUCGCAUCAAUCCCAACGAAGUUCACAUUGAUGACCCAGAAUACUAUCAAAACGUUUAUGUCGGCGGCACUCAUCGCAUCAACAAGGACUCGUCUACCGUAGCCGGUUUUGGUGUCCCUGCAUCCGUAGCAGCCACCGUGAACCACGCCCAGCACCGUUCACGCCGCGGCUAUAUGAACCCCUACUUCGCAAAGCGGUCCAUCGUUUCCAUGGAGCCCCAGAUUCAUGAACGUAUCACGGCCAUGCUGAACCGCCUCGAUGGUGCUCGCAAGGAAGGCACCAAAAUCUCGCUGGACCUCGCGUUUUCCGCCAUGACGGCAGACAUCAUCACCCAACGCUUCUUCGGCUACCACUACGACUACCUCAGCAUCCCCAGCCUGGUUUCGCCCAUUCGUGAGGCCUUCAAGGGUGUUUCGGAAAUCUUUCACUGGACUCGCUUCGUGCCGUGGGCCAUCAGAUACCUCAAGAAGCUGCCCAUCCCAGUUAUCCGUCUCAUCCUACCACCCGUCGCGGAACUCCUGCUUCUACAAGAAGACAUUAAAAUCAACAUCAAGAACAAGCUCGCCAGCGAGAACAAUAGUCUUCAGUCCAAGUCAAUCAUAAUUGAGGCCCUUGGCGACUCGCACGUCCCUGCACAAGAACGCACCAUUGAGCGUCUUGUAGAUGAAGGGCAAGUCAUUAUAUUCGCUGGAACAGAGACAUCAUCAAGAUCGCUUGCUGUGGGCAUGUUCUACCUGCUCGCCAACAAAUCUCUUGUCAACAGAGCCCUCGCUGAGCUCUCCAGAGUGGACCACAUCCCCGACGAAGAGCUCACAAUGAAGGAUCUCGAGACACUGCCCUUCAUGACUGGCAUUGUGAAAGAAGCUAUCCGCCUCUCUUACGGACCCAUCACCCGUCUUCCAAGGGUCUUCACCCACGAGACGCUACAGUACAAGGACCAUGCCAUUCCUCCUGGUACACCUGUAAGUCAGUCGACAUAUUUUGUGCACACUAAUCCCAAGUGCUUCGUGGACCCCUUCACCUUCAACCCAGACCGCUGGGUAGAGGCAGCCAAGGCAGGGUUUCCUCUGGAGAGGUACCUCACGAGUUUCACCAAGGGGUCCCGUCAGUGCCUCGGCAUCGGCUUAGCCCAUGCCGAGCUAUAUCUGACAUUUACCCGCGUUCUUCGUAACUUCGACAUGGAUUUGGUGAACACUUCGAUUGCCGACGUUCAGGUCCAUAACGUCUUGAUCAUUGGGCAACCCAAGGUCGAGAAGGAUAAGGGCGAAGGACAGGGUGAAGUCGAGGUGAUGGUUACACGCAAGCUAAGGCCCUAA